AUGACUGAACUCCGAUAUGAUGGAAAGGUCGUCGUCGUCACCGGUGCCGGUGGUGGCCUCGGCAAGGCUUAUGCUCUCUUCUUUGCCUCUAAGGGUGCCUCCGUUGUCGUCAAUGAUCUCGGUGGUUCCUUCAAGGGUGAAGGUAACAGCACCAAGGCUGCUGAUCUUGUCGUUGAAGAAAUUGUCAAGGCUGGUGGCAAGGCCGUGGCCAAUUACGAUUCUGUCGAGUUUGGUGACAAGAUCAUUGAGACUGCUGUCAAGGCCUUUGGCACCGUUCACAUUAUCAUCAACAAUGCCGGUAUUCUUCGUGACGUUUCCUUCAAGAACCUCAAGGACUCAGAUUGGGACCUUAUUUACAAGGUUCACACCUACGGUUCUUACAAGGUUGCUCGUGCUGCCUGGCCUUACUUCAGAAAGCAAAAGUAUGGCAGAAUUAUUAACACAUCUUCUGCUGCUGGCCUUUACGGAAACUUUGGCCAAACCAAUUACUCUGCCGCUAAGCUCGGUCUCGUCGGCUUCACCGAAACUCUUGCCAAGGAGGGCUUUAAGUACAAUAUCUUUGCUAACGCCAUUGCCCCUCUCGCUGCUUCCCGUCUCACCGAGACCAUCAUGACCAAGGAAAUGCUUGAACGUCUUUCCCCCGAUUACAUUGUCCCUCUUGUUGGCUACCUGACACACGAAUCCUCUAAGGAAACUGGUGGCAUCUUUGAGCUUGGUGCUGGCUUUUAUGCUAAGGUCAGAUGGGAGCGCUCUGCUGGCCAUGUUUUCAAGACUGAUGAGACUUUCACCCCCUCGGCCAUUCUUAAGGCCUGGAAUAAGAUCAAUGACUUUUCAAACCCCUCAUAUCCUACCGGCCCUGCUGAUUUCAUCACUCUUGCUGAGGAAUCCACCAAGACUGGCCCUGCUCCCCAAGGAGAGCCUGUUAACUACAAUGGCCAAGUUGUCAUUGUUACUGGUGCUGGUGCUGGUAUUGGCCGUGCUUAUGCUCUUCUUCUCGGAAAGCUCGGCGCUAAGGUCGUUGUUAACGACUUUGUCGACCCUGAACCUGUCGUCAAUGAAAUUAAGAAGGCUGGUGGCAUUGCUGUCGGUGACAAGUCUAACGUCGUUGAAGGCCACAAGGUUGUCGAGACUGCCCUCAAGGCCUUUGGAACUAUCCACGCUAUUAUCAACAAUGCUGGUAUUCUCAGAGACAAGUCUUUUGCCAACAUGACUGAUGACCAAUGGGACGCUGUUUACCAGGUCCAUCUUCGCGGUACCUAUGCCGUCACCAAGGCUGCUUGGCCCGUUUUGCUCAAGCAAAAGUACGGCCGCAUUGUCAACACUACCUCCACCUCUGGUAUUUACGGUAACUUUGGCCAAGCCAACUAUGCUUCUGCUAAGGCUGGUAUUCUCGGCUUUGGUCGCGCUCUCGCUCUUGAGGGUGCCAAGUACAACAUUUUUGUCAACACUAUUGCACCCAAUGCUGGCACUGCCAUGACCAAGAGUGUUUUCACCGAGGAAAUGCUUGAAUCUUUCAAGCCUGACUACAUUGCUCCCCUCGUUACCCUCCUUGCCUCUGAAAAGGCUCCUGUUUCUGGCGGUCUUUACGAGGCUGGCUCCGGCUGGGUCGGUGCCACCAGAUGGCAACGUUCUGGCGGCAAAUUCUACCAGGGUCCUCCUCCCUCUAUUGAGACUCUUGCCAAGGAUUGGAAGAACAUUUCCAACUUUGAUGAUGGCCGUGCCAUUACUGUCUCUUCCUUUAAGGAAACUUCAGAGUCCAUCUUGGGCCCAGUUCUUGCUGCUGCUAAGCCCAAGAAGGGUGAUUUUACCCCUGUCGACCCCAAGGAUUACACCAAGUACGAGGAUGUCGCUGACUUCAAAUAUACCCACAGAGACGUUAUUCUUUACAACCUGUGCGUUGGUGCUCAUGCUACUGAUCUCAAGUACUCGUUUGAGGGUUCCGAUAACUUCCAAGUCAUCCCCACCUUUGGUGUCAUUCCUCCCUUCUCUACUGAUAUCGACUUUAACCGUCUUGUCCCCAACUUUAACCCCAUGAAGCUUCUUCACGGUGAGCAGUAUCUCGAGAUUCGCAAGUGGCCUCUUCCCACUGAGGGCACUCUCGUUAAUGUUGCUCGUCCUCUUGAGAUUGUUGACAAGGGCAAGGCUGCUGUUGUCAUCUCGGAGGUCAUCACCAAGAACAAGGUCACUGGUGAGGAUAUCUUUUACAAUGUUUCUACCACCUUUAUCCGUGGCUCUGGUGGCUGGGGCGGUCCUACUAGAGGUGCUGACAGAGGUGCUAUCACCGCUGCCAACAAGCCUCCUGCUCGCAACCCUGACUUUACCCAGUCUUACAAGAUUGAUGCUGACAAGGCUGCUUACUACAGACUUUGCGGUGACUAUAACCCUCUCCACAUUGACCCUGCUUUUGCUGCUGUUGGUAACUUCCCCCAGCCUAUUCUCCACGGUCUGGCCACCUUUGGCAUUUCUGGAAAGAUUCUUUACGACAAGUUUGGUCCUUUCAAGAACGUCAAAGUCCGCUUUUCUGGCCACGUUUUCCCCGGUGAGACUGUCAAGGUUGAGGCCUGGAAGGAGGGUAGCAAGGUCAUUUUCCAGACUCGUGUUGUUGAUCGUAACACUAUUGCCAUUUCUGCUGCUGCCAUUGAGCUUGCCUCCAAGCCUGGCAAUAAGCUCUAA